UUCUUCUCCUCUCUCCAUAGAUUUGCUCUCAGGUCAAUCCUGAAGCCUCCACUCCAAUUUACUCGCUCCGUGGCCUCGACAACUUCAAGUUCUUCUCAUUGUCUUUCUACUGGUACUGGGAAGAAGAAGGAAAGCCAAUUACAUCACCAAGUCACAGGGUGUCAAGCAUUUUCAAGUCAAUUUACCUCUUUUCAGAUGCUGACUCUACACCAAUCAGUUGAUGAUAUCACUCCAACCACAGUUGGAUGGAAAAUAAAAAUGACAGUUCUACAAAAAUUUCCACCACGAACAAGCAUGAGUUCACCAGUCCGAUAUCAGAAGCUGUAUUUAUCUGAUCCAAAGGGGACGAGAGUAGAUGCAGUAAUUUUCGCAGAAGAUAUUGAAGCUUUGGAGGACACUUUGCAUGAGUUACACACCUACCACAUCAGUGAUGCCCGUGUCAACAGAACCCCUGCCAGAUACCUUAAAAAUGGCACAAAUUACAAUUUUAGCUGGACGCUGAACUCAAAAACACAAGUUGUUGAGGUCCAAGAUGAAGACAAACAAAUUUCUAAGCCAGUCCAUGAGUUCGUUUCGUUUAAGAACUUGUCAUCUGACAAAUACUCCAACACACCACAAGAUAUCAUAGGAGUAGCUGUCAAGAUAAACCCAACAAAAGUGGUGAACACAGUGUAUGGACAGCGAACCAUACAAGAAAUUUAUCUAAUCGAUGACAGUUGUAGCUUCCACCCGAUAUGUUUAACUCUGUGGGGUGCUUUGGUACAAGAUAUUAGUGAAAAAUUGUCUGAAGUUACUGGAAACAACCCAAUAAUAAUGGGAACAAAGAUGAUUGUUCAAACUAAGAGAGGUACUUAUAUACUAACUACCACCGUAUAUAUUUCUAUCAAUUUCGUACAUUUAAAUAUGCUGAAAAUAUUAUUACAUGUCGUGUGAUUUUUGUAAUAAGAAACUUAUGUUCUACAACGACAACGAAGAAACAGAUUGUGAAAAUCCAAAAUGCGGAAAAAGAUGUCUUCCUACACCACGUGCAAGGACAUAUGUACAACUCGACGAUGGUACAGAGUUGCUAGAUGCUGUGAUGUUCGGUGAUGUUGCAGAAAACAUAUUCUCAUGUACUGCAGUUCAAUUAAGAUCAUAUUCGGACGAGAAACAUAAGUUGUUUGUCCAAAAAACUACAAGGCAACUAUCAGCCAAAAAAUGGAGAAUUCAGUUGUACGUAGAUGCAAACCGAACAAUGAGUUCAAAGUACAAUCAGUUCACCAUUCAAGCAGUUGAACCAAUGGAAGAUUAGGCAGAAGUUGCUAUUUUUCUUUUACAGUAAUUUUAUUUUAUUUAGUGUUAAGACUUUUCUUGGUGCCGAGCUUCUUUCACUUUCUAUUGACUUGUUAUCUACGGAUUUACAUGGAGUAUUGUAUGCAAGUAUUUCAUAUACCCAAUUUUCUAGAAGUAAAUAAUAAGUAUCAUUUUAUUUUGAUUUAUA